AUGAUUAUAAUUAUAAUUAUAAUAAACAUAAUUUAUUUUUAAACUAUAAGAUUUUAAAUUCAAGCAAUAAUAAUAAUAAUAAUAAUAAUAAUAAUAAUAAUAAUAAUAAUAAUAAUAAUAAUUGUAAAUUAAAAAAUGAUUUAUAGCAAAAAUAAUAGCAAUCGAAUAUAAAUCCCUAAAAGAAUAUAUUGA